AUGGUAGCAAAAUUUUUGGAUGACAACAAUAGAGAGCUUAAGCACCGACGAUGACGACGACAAUGAGAAUGACAAAAUAGCAAUAGGUUUAGAUUAGCAAAACAACAACUUUGCACGUGCAUCACGCCUUUUUGUACAUUUCUUAGCCAACAUAAAACUUCCUAAUUUCAAGUGCCCGCUUUAUGCAGCAGGUGAACACAACAAAAAAAUUUUCUCUUCCUUUUUAUUAACUUAGUUACCGUCCUUUCAGAUUCAACCCCAGAAAUUUCGCCAACAUUUGACAGAUUUAAUGAAAUUGAAUAAAAUCGAUGAAGUUUUAAACAGUGUGAAUUCACUUUUUAAAUGACGUUUUUGGUUGUUCUCAUCCCGAAAUUUUGCUACCAUGGCGACGUGACGUAACGACUUCUCCUUUCUGUUGCGAGAUUUACACUCAUUGCCUGGUUUCUAACAGAGGAGGUUUUUUCUUUUUUCUAGUUAGUUUAUCUUUUUUUUCUUUUUUUCAGUUUGUAUCUCACCCAGUUGUUUAUAACCUGCUAAAAAAAAAGUGGUACCGUUCGUUUAACGCCGUGCGAAAGCAGCCGCGGACGUCUCUCAGACGCUGGGGAUAUAUGCUACUUAGCCUCUGGGCUGUUAUUGAUAUUGUAGUAUUUCCAUUUCUCUUCGCCUUUUUCUACAUUGUUCACUUCAUAAACUUGCGUUUAAGGAAGUUGACAGGUUUGUAAGGGUUGACGGUUUUUUCAUUUAUCGAGAUCAUGAGAUCAGAUUACAAAAAAUCUAUUACCUAGAAGGUUUAUAAUGAUUUAAUUUAACUUUCCACUUAGUAGAUUACUAUGAGUUACAUGCACUAGUGUUUGUAACCAGUCACUGAUGGUGUAAUUUCUUUGUAGAUACAGAUAUAUGUUUUGUCGUGACGCUGACCAGCGAUGCUGCAGACGAAGCGUUCGGUCUUAUCAAGAGGACGAUCGGUUUUCUUAUCCAAAAAUACGGCCUCUAUUCUGCAAAGUACUGUGUGAUUUUACGUGACUUUAACAAUGCAUCUACCAGCAAAAUUAGCUUCGAAGAGGGUUACUCGAGUGAAACUGAACUGCUUGACAGGGUCGAGGCAAUGCAGAAAUUGAUUUCUCCUUCCUGGUUGUACAAGGAUUUAAGUGCUGCUCUAGCUGCUUUUAAGAGUUCCAGCAUUCGUAAAGACUCAAAGAAGGUAGGAUUCUAAAAUUUAUUCCUAAGCCACGCAACAACACCUGAUAUAGAUCGUGGAUUCCCGGUCGCGCGAAUUUAAUUUCCACAGGGUCGGAGCCCUAACUAGCCUGCGUAGCAGGCGCUGUUAUUUUCUUUAGUACCAAGCACGGGCCCUUUUUUGUGGGACGACGGUGGGAGAAAUUUCCAGGAAGAGCACAAGCGAAGGGAGGAAAGGAGAGGCGGCCUUCUUUCCCCUUUGCGUGUUUCCCUCGCGCGCCUCAGAACAAAUAACUGCAGGGUAAGCAGGUAACAGACAAGAAUAUGAGGUUCAGAAAGGGAAGUCAACUUUUUUCUCAAAAGCCAAGGUAAUACUAACACCCUCAAAAAUUAUUAUUCACCUUUAAAAUGAAAGCUUUCAGAGGCCGGGGGCACUUAUCAAAUCCUUAUGCAGGUAGUUUCCGCCACAAGGGCUAACCCCUUUCCCUUCCGGAAAAAGUAACAUUUCGAACACUUCCAUUGACAAAUGGAACCCCUUUUACGUAGCGACAAAAGAACACUUCAUCCCUUGGUCUGUCGCUUUAAAAUGAAUAAGAACGUUUUCUUGUUAUUUUCCAUGCCGUAAAACGUACAUGUAUGUUCGAAAUACUUUACUAAUAGCCUUUAUUAAUAAUACCGAAAUGACAGAUUUCUCCACCCGUUCCCAUACUUGACAUUCAGCCUAUGAAAUCACUCUCCUAUCAUAUACUUGAAGCCUCAUUAACCCUUUCGGGCGUAGCCACCCUGUUUUUGCUACUAUAGGGAGUAUCUUUCCCGGGCUUCAGAUACGAGAGGUGUUUCAGAUUAAGAAUAACUCAUGGAAGAUCUCUUUUGCUUUUUUAUUAGCUCCUUAUUGUAUUUACAAAUGGCAAGGUGAGAAUGGCUCGAGAUGAUGGAACCGAGGAUCUACAUCCAAUAGUUGACGAACUUAAGGAAAUUGGAGCACGGAUUAUUUCCGUGGGUAUUGGAGCGGACACCACACUUUCAGAAAUGAAAAAAAUUGCAAGCAAGAACAAGACUGCCCUUCACUUCGGGGAAUACGAAGCACCAAAGACAUUAGGAAAAGCUAUCAUACAAGGUAACUGAAAUCGUUGUUGCUGCUAAAUGCUUAAAAAUGUUGCUUUAAGAUAUUGUAAUUCAACACUCUUAACUUUCUCCUUCUGCCACGAUGUUUCUGCUUCUGUUCAAAUAUUUCCUAAUUUUCUAAUCUGUUUUACAGGCGAAGAGGGAAAAGACAUAUUUGGUGAGUACUUUAGUUAUCUGCGUAGCAGUCGUGUUUAAAUAGUCGUUUUAAUGUUUCCCAAAUCAUUUAAAUCAUUUCCAAAUAACAGAGGAAAUUAUGUUUAGUUUGUAAGUAAAAGAAAAAUGAAAAAGCAGGUUUUUUUUGUAAAUAAACAGUUCGCUCAGAAAGAGCUUUGAAAGGUAUUUUUGGGGAUUUUUUUAGUGUACUUUUAUGAUUUCGUUGCAAAUCCAGGAAGAAAAUAGUUUUCUUUCAACCAGUAAGCAUAUUUAGUUCUUUUCUUUGGCAUUUGAAGGUAUAGCUGCUUCAUUUAUCUUUAAACUCCAUAUUUACUACCGUUCCAAAAAACAGUAAAUAGCAUGGAAUAUUCCGAGUUAAAGAAGCAAAUCAAAACGCACAACAAAUAGCUAUCCACUUAUUUGGUAAAUAACAAUACGUCAUUAGAUUUUACUCUACUUGUAUUUCUUUACAUUGCUUGUUUGCGUAUUUUUUUAACUUUCUUUAACAGAUCGUUACCUUUACUACUUCACAACUCCAUACUUCGUCUUCCUUCGUGAUUCGCUGAGUUACUUAGCUCUGCUUGGCCUGCACUUUGACAUCUGCCUCUCACCUUCAACCCUUGCCUUCACACAGCUUGAAUGGGUCAUUUUUCUUUUUUUCAUCGGGCGUAUCGUGAUAGAAAUUGACCUAUUUAUGAGCGUCAAGAAGUCUCGAAGGAAAGAACCCCUGGAACGACAUUGGACUCCAAAGAAGGAAUCUAGGCAAAGGUCACAUCGAGGCUCAAACUACGAAGUAUGUGCGUCUCCUGAUGAUGUACAAGUUGUGAUGACAGCGGAGGAAAAUGUAACUCGCAAGAGGCUUAUUAAUUAUUUCAGGUACAUGAUUAAGGACCUCUCAUACAUAAGCCCGGUUUCCGAGAUCUCGCCUUACCUCUUAAUCCUUUGUAAAAUUUUCGAUGUGUUCAUAUGAGAGGGCGCGCUGGCUUAGCUCCCGAGAUCUAGGUUUUUCCAACCGGGAUCUUGGUAAACGUGCUAAAAAUUUUGCCAUAUGAACACUUCAGCCCGGUUACCGGGAUGAAAGCGGGAUGAAUUCUGGCGGUCCGGAUGGCAUCAUCUUGCAUUGCCUGCUGUCCACAUCAGAAGCAUUCCAUUCAACUGCAGUGAUACAGCUUUAAGAGUUGCCGAAGCUNCUACGAAGUAUGUGCGUCUCCUGAUGAUGUACAAGUUGUGAUGACAGCGGAGGAAAAUGUAACUCGCAAGAGGCUUAUUAAUUAUUUCAGGUACAUGAUUAAGGACCUCUCAUACAUAAGCCCGGUUUCCGAGAUCUCGCCUUACCUCUUAAUCCUUUGUAAAAUUUUCGAUGUGUUCAUAUGAGAGGGCGCGCUGGCUUAGCUCCCGAGAUCUAGGUUUUUCCAACCGGGAUCUUGGUAAACGUGCUAAAAAUUUUGCCAUAUGAACACUUCAGCCCGGUUACCGGGAUGAAAGCGGGAUGAAUUCUGGCGGUCCGGAUGGCAUCAUCUUGCAUUGCCUGCUGUCCACAUCAGAAGCAUUCCAUUCAACUGCAGUGAUACAGCUUUAAGAGUUGCCGAAGCUACGAUAGGCGCAAAAGUUAUAACUGUUGUGUUUCACUAUGUUUGCUUUGUUUCUCGAAUUUGGCGUAAGAACUUGUCCCCAGAUUCUUUGGCCGUUUCUCAUCUCGGAAACCGGGCUGAAAUUUCUCUUAUGAACCUAAGGCGAAAUUCGUCGCGGUAACCGGGUUAGUCCGGUCAACCGGGUUCAUGUGAAGAGGCCCUAAGCCAGAGUAAGCAACAAAAAUGACGUCUGAGUAACGAGCGCAAAAAUUCCAUACUGAUGACGUCUCACUACCAAGAUCUGGGUAGCGCUUCUGGUUGGUCAUGCCGCGUGGGAAAUUUGUUUUUAGCCAAUCAGAGGCUGAGACGUCAUAAGUAUGGAAUUUCUGCGUGGACGCAGUUACCAAGAUUGACAUUCAAAUCUCGUACGUAGCGUUUCCUCCAUGCGGCAAAUGGCGGGGCGAAAUGGUCAAUUACUUCUGUCGAUGAACGGGUAAUUAUCGUGCAGUUGCGAUGGGUUGGGAAGCCAGCGAGCAAGAUACAGAGGAGCACAGGUUAUCUACGGUUUAGCUGAUCGCCAUUUGCAGCAGAUCGGUCGAUUAUUCGUGAAUUUAUAGCGCUUCGCGUGAAGAUGGACCGCUUUUUAUGUAGCCAGCCUUUCAGCUUCUUAUUUAGUGAAUGUGACCUCCGAGUGCAAAACUAGACAAAAUGCCUUUUAAUGCAAGGUGAUUUUCAGCUACAACUAUGAGAGCUUUCUUUUGAAAAAUUUCAGUUCGAUCCUUUCAUACAAGCUUUGGCUGAAAAGAUCAGAGCGUCGAAUUCGAGAAACAUAACAGUGGAAAUUUCAGUUGAAAAAUACCAUGACAAAUAAAUAGACAACGAUAUAUGAAUAUAUAUCAUAUUUUUUUGGUGACUUCCCUUUAGUCGAAUAUAGUCGACUCUCCGGCUCUUUAGUCGAUCUAUAUAAAUCCUGAUGCACCAUUACUAGUGUUAAUCGACACAGAGCACGUCUGGGCUGCCUGUGAUAUGCCUUUCCCUCCGCUAUACGAACCUGUUAUUAGUCAAGCUUACUUUAGCAGCGAGACUCUAAAAUGAAAGCGUUUCUUUUCCUUUUUUGUGUGUGCACGCCAAAAAGGGGUCAUAGUUCCUGGUGUUCCUAGCGGAGACCGUGGAAACUGGGGAUAAAUAUCGCGACGUGCCCUACAACAUAUUCAGAGCGCGAUGCAAGUUUUUUGAAGAAAGUUUAGGAAAGAUUUAUGCGGAAGAUGUCGAGCUUUUCUGGAACGGGCCGGUCCACGAAUUCUAUCGCUUGCAAGCGUUGAUAUUACUUUGGAACAAAUGAAUAGUGGUUAAAAAAGAGGAAUCUUUAUGAGCAAAACUUCAAUGCUGAGGCUAACUGGUCGGCUGUUGUAAACUUUCAUUUUCUGCAAAUGAGUCUUGUGAUGAGCAGGCCGUUUUUUUACGGCGAUGAAUGAAAUAACGCGCCAUGUCCAUCACGUUUUUGCUCUUCAGCAAUGAAGUAAAACUUCCUCCCCAAUCGAGGCCCUUGAUUUUCGUGUAUUUAUACACACGUACUUAACCAAUUCAAAAACAACUCGUCGAAUACGAUAUGAAAAGUGAAUAUCCUGAAGAAUACUCGGCCGUCGAUAAAGUAAGACGUGAAAAACUGUUAGCGAGGAAAUCCUGUUUCGUGUAGAAUAAAUCGCCUCCUAAUUUCUUACCUAAUCUUCGAGCAACAGGUUUGUUGUUUUCGGCAGAAAAAAUUGUUAAAACAAAGUUACGAGUAAGAAAAGAAUAAUUGGUAAUAAUAAUGUUAUUCUCUACUUCACAUUUAGGCAGAUCACAGUUGUAGUGCACGUUUUUGUGUGUAUCAAAAUUUGUGUUUCAUGAUUCUUUGGAUGAAUGUCCAUAAGACUGAAACUUGUCUUGUUUUUAGUGAUCGCUGGAACAUGCUAGACUUCAUCAUUCUUAUCAUCUACCUCGCAAUCUUCUUUUUGCGUAUGAUAAGCUGGGCUACAUCCUCUACGGUUUAUGACAACAGGGCUUUAGCUGUUGCUGAGGUUUUAUCGCCAUGUUCCUUACCUUGCGAGUGUUUGGUCACGUGAUGGAGUCUAUCAGGGGAAUGGGCGCCAAGUUAAUUGCCUUCUUUUUCAUUAUGUGGGACGUGUUUGCGAUAUUUUGGCAGUUCGCAGCAAUGAUUCUGGCUUUUUCACUGGCAAUGACAAAGAUUUAUGUAGUAGAGACAUCGUAUACUUCAAACGGGACAUCUGUGGAAGAUCUGUAAGUACACAUAACUAGCAUUUAUUAAUAUUUGUAAAGAUCUCACUUGUAUAAAAAUUUUAUAGGGCCAUGCAAUUCUCGCAUCUAAAACUGCUUGUUAAAGCUGGACUAUACCCACUUGUCUACUUCAAGUAUUUAUCUUUCUUUUAGUUAUUGAUCAAUCACUCAAAAACAGCAAUGGUCAUGAAGUUACCGUGAGAGGGCAUUAAGCAUAACAGCUCUACACUGAAUUGUGCUAUUCAUAAAUCAACCGUAUGUGAUAUAGUUUUCAUUGCACAAAUAAAUUUUUCUCUUUUAGAGCCUGCAGCGAAGGAGGUUUGACGUGGUGAGUAAGUGAAAAUUAACAUGCCAUUGACGAAAAUUUAAUAGCUGUCUAAUUUUCUUGCCUUAUGUACAAGCGACCUCCGUUAUGUACGCAUAGAAGCAAUAUUAAGGGAAGCGACAGGUUAUCGACAAUGAGAUGUAACUUAUGCGAGUACGCAAAUAUAAUUAUCAUAGUUCUUGUAAUUCGUUAAAUUUGACGUAUUUAUGCCAAUAAGUAGUCAAGGGAUUAAGCCGUGAGAAACUGGGGAGUGAGGGGUUAAAAGUCUUUGGCUAAGUUUGCUUUCUCGUCUUUCCCUCUUCCAAAUCACAUCGUCAAGGCCUUCUUGGAAAAAGCAUUCACCUGCGAUACCUCAUCUUUUGCAUUGUUUUUAUUAUGGUUAACAGUUGCUAAAUAAAAUAAAUACGCUUUCAGGUAGAUUUACUUAAAACAACAUAAGUUGUUGCCAAACGUAUGGAAAAGCAGAAACAACAAUAACAACAAAAACAAACAGACAAAACCCUGCGAAUCCGUGAAGCGCUCUUAGUAACCAACUGAGCUAUCAAUAAUCCGACUAAAAGGUAUCCAUCAUGUUACUCGUACUAUAAUCGUGAAAUUUAUCUAUUUGAUUGUAUUUUCAGCUGGUGGACGAUGGCGCAACAUCUUUCUUGGUCUUGCUUAGGAAUCUCGGGCCUGGAACAACUGGAUUCCGUUGACAGGCCAUCUGUGUCCCUGUCUUAUCUGCUGUAUGGCUUGUUCCUGAUCAUGGUUGUUAUUCUACUCGUCAACAUGAUGAUCGCGCUGCUCUCCAACACAUAUAACCGUGUAGAGGUACAUUGUAAGAGUAAAACAUCGCUACUUUUGAUGUCAUGUAUCGUCUCGGGAGAUUAUCUGAGAUGUAACCUUCAGGUACAGAACGGUACCUCGAAGGUGUGCAGUCUACUAAGUUUAUAGCCGCCCUUAAUAUUCCAGUAUCUGUUUUGUGAAUACCACUACCUUGAACUUGUUUCUUUUUUAAGAGGUUUUGCGUGGCUCUUCAAUACCUAUGAACGUAUAGAGGCACACUGUAAAAGUAAAACAUCGCUACUUUAGAUGGCAUGUUUUGUUUUAGGAGAUUAUCUGAGAUGAAAACUUUAGGUACAGAACGGUACCUCGAAAGUGUACGGUUUACUGAAUUUAUGAGCGCGCCUGCUAUGACUAAAAUGCCAGUAUCCGUUUUGUAUGUCGACUACCUAUAAUCUUGUUCUCGAGGUUUUGCGCUGCUCUGCAAUACCUACGAACGUGUGAAGGUAAAUUACACGACUAAAACAUCGCUACUUGAAGUUUUGAAUACACUUAAUGCUUCGCCUAACCUGCGAAGCAGAACUCCGAUAAAAUGUAAAGUUUCGUGCACAACCCACCUUUACUUAAAGUUUAGUUUAGAGCCGAAAGCUUAUGUAAAAUUGAUGUCACCACAAAACAAAUACAGUAAUACAGAAUGUAUUAUAUGGAUCGAUUUCGUCAAUCAUUUUCCUUCAGGAAAAAAGUAAAAAGCGACCAGACUGAAUACGAAUUUAUACCCUAACACAAAACAGGGCAACCAACAUGUCUCAGAGAACGCAAGGAGAAAUUCACCUUUAUCUUUGCACACGUUAAGCAAAACUUUAUACCUCAUAACCUUUGCUUUACUGGAUAUUUGACUUGUGUUUCAGGAAAACUCUCUCAGAGAGUGGUCUUUCAAGAAAGCUAUGACCAUUAGAAGUUACAGUUUAUACCACCCAGUUCCAGUCCCUUUCAAUAUUGUAUCACUCGCGGCCAUAGGAUUGUGGAGGCUGUGUCAGGGUGACAAAGGAAACCGAUUUGAUAAAACUGGAUUUGAUGAGAAAGGAAGGGUAAGGGACGCGGAAAAAUUUUUCCUGCGACAGUAUAUAGCACUUGACCGUAAUAUAUCAAACACGACUGGCCGUGUUUCAUCCCAUAUCAAGACACUGAAAAGUGGGCUGAAAAAUAAGACGUAGCCGAGUGUUUUAAGGUGACUCCUUAGUAAAAGAACGUAACAUAGAUUGAAGAUGAAACUCGGUACACUGAUGUAACAAGUCAGGAAGAUGAUAAAAAAGUAAUAAAAAGUGGGGGUCACAGUGCUCGUUUUGACGUCACAAUGCUGACAAAUAAGGCUAUUUAGGACCCUUUUACAAAAACCGAGGGCAGCCCAAAACUAGACAAAAAGGAGAAAUUUUUUCGAUGAUGCAUAUGGUAUCGCACAGAAUUUGACCUUAAUGUAUUGUUUAUCCACUUACGUACCAGAAAAAUUCCUUUUAAUGCCCUUGUUUUUACUUUACUCUCCAAAGUAGAAUUAAAUUGGACACGCGCUCUUCGACCCGUGAUAGCUCAAUCCGUACAAUUUAGUAAAAUUGCCAAAAAAGUGAACAUAGAUUUAGGCCAAUUUUUUUCUCAUCGAAUGGAAGCACUGUCCUUAUUAAAAUCAUGAAAUAAAAAAUAGAGGUCACCGUACUCGUUUUUGCGGUAGAGCUGCAGAAAGUGCACAGCAAAUGCAUUUUCUCCGAUUUUUGAGAGAGGACUGGGGCGAGUUUCAAAAUAGAAUGUAUGGGAAAGGGGAAAGAAAGUAUUAAAAAAUCCGUUUUUAGAGAAUUUACAUCGAGAUAUCACAUUUAGGGCACAAUGUGAUAAAGAAAGCGUUUAAAUGAAAAUCAAGUGAGUAAGCACAAGUUAAACAUCCACUAUCGAGGUUCUCCGUGAAGAAGUCGAACUCAGCAACACGCGUACUGCUUACGUUAUGCACAUUCCCAGCACAAUGAAUCUCAUCUCGGCAAGAAACAACAGGAAGCAAAAAUUCCAAUAGCGUUUCUCUUCAGUCAACUUCAUUUUAAUAAUGUUACUUCACAUGCUCUUUUUUACGGCGGCCAUCUUGUUAUGCGCAGUAAAAGAUACGCACUGCAACACCAGGGAAUCACCUUAAGCCAACUUCGAGGUAUCUAUACCUGAUUGAGAAAACGAAGUCGCUUUAAAAAUAUCAACCAUGCACUAUGAGGCUUCAACUGAAAAUUUUAUGGGUAUACGUUUAUUAGCAAAGCAAAUUCAAAGACGUUAGUUUUUUUCUUAAAAAGCUUACAUUAUCCCUAAUUAUAAACAGCUUCUCGUGCAAACCCCAGGAGUACUCAUUGUUUGUGGUCAUACCGUUUCUUCUUUUUUCUCUCUUUUCGGAAAACUUUAAGGUGUCAUCUUAUGCCUACAAGGGCGAUCUCUGAAGAAAUGUGUGCCCAAGGGUAAAGUUGUCGGCUGAUCACCAAGAAAGAAUUGAUUCCUUUUGAGUUUUGUUGGAAUGCAUCUGCGCGAGAAGCUCGUGAUAAUGAAAGUUUUUGUAGAAAGAACUUUGAAUUUGCAAUGCUAAUAACUUCUAACCAUAAAUCCAUUAGGACUCACCGUUCAUGGUUUGUACUUCUCAAGCGACAACGUUUUUUCAGUCAGGUGGAUACAUCGGAUAAAACACUGAGUAGGUCGUUUGAUAUAGGUUCUAAAAUAAAGGAUUCUAAAAGAAUUUCCACGCUAUAACGUUUAUGAUAGUCUAGGCUAAUUAAGAUCUCAUAUCCAAGCCACCGUCAAGGAAGUCAGAUUUCCUUUGUUCUCCUCGUGAAUUAUCGAUGAGUUGAGAAGUAAUACGGCAUUCGCCAUUUGUACAUCUCCCCUUAUAAACCUUUUUUGCCCCCGCUCCACCCCCGCCCCCAAAAAUGCAUAGCCUUUGUUUUUUAUGUCUCCUGGGUAUUACAGUACUCUUAAGAGUAAUUGAAAACAAUGCUUAUGCAAAAUGUGUUUUUUUUUUAGGGGAGGGGGGGGGGGGUAAAAAAAAUGCAUUUUGGGAGAUGGGCAAGCGGGGAAGGGGAAUUCACGCUUUUUUUCGUUUUUGAAUUCUCCCUCUUUAUUAUUUAAGUUUAAUUUUGCGAAAAACAGCAUCUUUAGAUCGGUCAAUUGUUGCUAAAACUAAUAGAAAAGGUAAGGGGGGGGGGGGGGGGGUAAAAAAGAUGCAUUAUGGGAGAUGUGCAAGCGGCGAAUGGGAAUUCACGCUUUUUGUCGUUUUUGAAGUCUCCCUCCUUAUUAUUCAAGUUUAAUCUUGCGAAAAACAGCAUCUUUAGAGCGAGCAAUUGUUGCUAAAACUAACUGAAAAGGUAAGGAGAAAAAAAAAACAAGGUGAUCAAUUCAGGAAGAAGUUGGUUUGAAAGCCUUAACAGUGGAACUCAUUUCUUUAUUGUUCGUUUUUUAUUUUAAAUUUUUUUGUCCAUAUCUGUUUACAUUUUUGUUUCCUUGUUCCCCAGAAAGCUGCUUUAGAUAGGCUGGUCAAAAGACUAGAGAAGACUUACUUUGCAACAUUUGGAUAUACUUUUCCCCUUACGGGUAAGGUAGUGCAAUUAUGGCAAGAGAUGCCAUUCUUGAGGCCAAAGUUCGUGUUGCUUGUGUUCUUAAUUAUCUGCCUCACGGAGAGUGAGAGUCAAAGGAGUGAGCAUGCAUGCCUCGCCGCUUGAAGUAAAGCCAAUAUUUAACCUAUGAGCCGGAUUACAUGAGCCCUGCUGGCCCGGUUGUGCCGGGAAAGCUCGCUUUGCCGAGAGCUUGGUACCUUAUUAAACACAACAUAAAUCAAUUUCGUGAUUACAUGACAAUCGGGCCAGCAUGGUUAACCGCCAUUUCUGCGUACCGGACUGGAAGCUUUCCAGGUAAUCACGCUUGCUGGGCUAGCGAGGUGAACCAAACCAGUAAUAGGACAGAGGGUAACACAAUGAGUAUGUGUACAGCUUGAAUUCUGUCUUCUAUCUCUCUGUAAACAUGGCGGCUUCGAGAUGGCCCGCUCCUUGUAAUACCGGAAUAAAAGUUUCCUUUGCAAUUCCAUUAAGCCUGGCAAACCGGACCAGCCCGGCUCACGUAAUAACUAUAAUAAGGCCCUAUAAUUAUGUUUUGGUCACUUAAAUGAAGGUGUUUAAAAAGCUUUGAUACGAAAACAGCCUCACGUGAUGAAUGGUUUGGUAUUGAAAUAUACAGUUAUCGGAUUGACCUGGGUUUAAUAAUAUUGUGUUUCAGAGGCGAAAAAGGUCGACCACGUGUUACAUGAAAUUGAUGGAAGUCGCCGCAUGGCUAAUCAGAUUGCUCAACGAGUGUUUGUUCAGCAGGGUUGUAAGCAGGACAGAUGCAUCGCUGGUGCAGAAGUAAGUAAGCUAAUUAUUAGCCGGGUGCUGCCGGAUCUCAACUCGGUUUGCGGGAUCAUAAAUCCCAAAGCUGGGGUUGUUCUUGGUAGCCCCGAGUUUGACCUUUAAGCCCUGAUAUCAAAAUCUAAAUUCUCAUUUGUUGCCCUAAUAACUUCUUCAUGGAACUAGAAGGCUCCGAGAAGUCAUUAAAAAUUCUCCUUGUGUGAUGUCCUCAAUACUUUUGAACACUUUGAUUAUACUACAUUCAAAAGAAAAAAAAUUAAUUAAUUGCCUGCAAAAACAAUAGUUGUAGCUUCCUGACGUAAAGUUGAAAAGAGUCCAAGGUAGGGUCUGCAGCUUGAAAUGUGCUAAUAUUUCAACCUUACAUUACCAUAAGUUCUUGCUGCAACAGUUCUUAUUCAUCUGUUGAGACUAUUUCAUAGUCGUCUUUUUCUCUUGUCUUACUUUAGGCGUGGGAAUCACUUGGUAUAGGAAUCAAAGGUUGCCUAUUGACAUAUGAAGGCCCUGACUCCUGCCUUUCAUGUAAAGAAAAGGAACCUAAGAGUGUUCAUGAAGCGAGGUACUUGACUCCAUUCACGCGAGAAAAACCGCGGAUCGAGGUGAGAAUUUUUAAUGAAAAUUUGUUGGAAAGAGGUAGACAGUGUCUACCUAAACCUGAAUAAGCAUCUCUGUCAGCGUGCUCAGACAACCUUUUAACCAUGGAGCACGGAUCUGAGAGGACGGCCGACGAAGAGAGUGGCACAAAACCUAAGGAUAAACUGUGGUGGCUCUUUGGGACGAUGGGGGUUCGUAUGUCGUAGUCUGAAUUUCUGAGAAAACCCUUCGCUUCACGUAUUAAGGAGAAAUCAUGUCUCUGUCGGUAUUUUACCUAUUCCACGCUCUAUUUGCGCUUUUCUUCCUCACUGUUGCAGCAUAAAUCAAUUUUUUGUUCGUUUGUUGUCAUUUUUAUCUGUAUUAUUCAUUUAUUCGUGGAGAAGUGUGUGGCCGAGCGGUUAACACCUCGAACUCUGGAUCUGAAGGUCCUCGCCUCGCCUGUCGCGUUGUUUCCUUAGACAAGGAACUUUACUCCACUUUGUCUCUCUUCACCUAGGUGUAUAAAUGGGUACCGGCGACAAACUGGUGGGGAGUAACCCUGCGAUGGACUAGCAUCCCGUCCAGGAGGGAGUAGCGAUACUCCUAGGCAUGCUUCAUGCUACGUAAACUGACAUAAGCUCCGGCCGUGUGGGCCUUUGGCUCGUAUGCGCCUUUACCUUACCUUUUCAUCUAUUCAGGGUUUAUUCUAGGAAUUGACCAAUAAGGGAGUUAUAGGCCGUGUUGAGAUUUUGUAGAGGGCCCUUCAUCAAGAAAGAGGACCAUUGUACCGUUUGGUUUGAAAUUAUUAUUAAUAACUAUUUUGCUCUAUUGGAUUUUUUUCAUUGUUUUCAUCUUUCUCGGGCAGAUUUUGCACUUCUCCUCGUCCGCUUCUUUUUUGCCUUCGCUCGCCUAAAAAAGUGAAAAGUAGCGCCUGUUUUACAGGCUAUAUCAUCAAGAAUUACAUUGACUUUGCCUACAGGUGCUAAUCCAGGAGAGUGGUGAAAGACGUAUUCUUGGACUGGGUGUGGUAUUUGAAGGGUACGACAGUCACUGGAUGCCUGGAUGGAAAGCAGGAACAGUAGGCUAUCACGUGGACGAUGGCAAAAUAUUCGAAGCUGGUUGCGAGGAUCUGGGCAGGGACGUCGAAGGUAAUAAGACUACUUUGAGGGAGGCCGUAAAGGCUACAGUAAUUUGGUCGCUGUUUUGAUGAACUCCAAAUUAUAUUAACUUAAAGCUAAGCCUCAUAUCAAAAACGUCAUGCUUUUUAACGAAUUAGCUAAUCAAAGGCUCGGUUCAAACGACGCAUUCACAGGUGCCAAAUAUAAUGCCAAUGAGAGAACAAUACAUUUUCCUCAUUAGCAUCAAAUUCGGCACGUGUGAAAUGGGACGUUUACCGGACCUAAUGUUUGUGCAGCGCCCGAUCAAAAUUUUGCUGUUAUUUGGCGCCGACAAGCCUGCAGUUUCAGUCUUAUUUGAAAAACUUUGCUUUAGUAAACUUUCAAAACGUUUAGUCAAUUAACAGCGUUUUGUCUUUCCGGUUAUGUCACAAAUUGAAAAUGAAAAUGGCAGCCUUAGCUAUCGAGUACUAACUUCUCUCGUUUCACUACGGCCAGGCCAGUGAGUGGGAACCAUGCAAGUCAAUUUAUCAACCACUUAUUCUUUAGGCGCUGGCACUCUACCGGAGCAAUUCAAUAUUGUCAGGUGUCACAUGCCACCUUUGAUUCACAAUCAAACAAAUCUUCCCCUUUCAGAGGCUAUGGCGUACCGUGGUGAUCUCAUCGCAUGCGAAGUUGAUUUCGGUGGUGUAAGAAAUGGCAAGCUUCCAGUCAUGUUCUUCUUAAAUGGCAGAGAGAUUGCUCGCGCGUGGACGAAUAGCAUUUCUGGAGAAAGAAAAGUGUUCCCCUUUAUUUCAAUGGCAUAUGAAGGAAUUCGGGUUCUCGCUAAGGUAUGACUGACCAUUGGAACAUCCUUUCUAAGAAGAAUCCUUUCGUUUAGCUCUACCUCCUUUCCCUCCUUUUUAAAUAUUUGCGAACGAGUGCGAGAUUGAGCAGGAGGAGGGUAAAAUUUCCGCAAGCCACUCCAUCAGAAGAGGUGAGUCGGGGUGGAGGAGGGCGUGCCCUCUGGCCGCAAGAGUACUGUUUUUUUUUGGUUCAAAAAUAACGAGGGAGAGGUUGUGGGGGAGGGGGAGGUGUUCCAGGGCCUCUUCCUAAGUCACAGUCAUGAACUCUCGAGCUGGAAGUUUAAUCUGAAUGUCGGGGAUUUCUACGACCCCGUGCAACUGUACAUUCAACAAUCAAGAGGGAUUAUUACACUCCAAGGAUCUAAUACAAUUACUUUCAACGAUCAGAAUUGCAUAUUAGGUUUUUCUUCUGUCCUUGCGCAAGACAGUAGUUUUACAUAAAUCACAUGCUGUACAGUAAAAUCCCGAAUGUAAUGCACCUAACUGAAGUUACUAUUACAAAGUCACACGUUUCUCCUCUUUAUUCAGCCUAAGUAAACCCAUUCAGUCACAUCAUUUCAUCCAUUGCUUUUCUGAAUUGUCGAUAUAGAUGUGCCCAGGUGACAGUAGUAUGUCCCAAAUAUCUCGUGCGCCUUCUGCACAGCGUCUUGCUAGGGAUAUUGGGAUAGAAAAGGAAUUAACUGACUGCCUGCAGAAACAGUUUCUUAGGCUGAAAGAUGACAUGGAGAAAAUGGAACGAGAAAGAAAAGUGCAGGCGACUGAAUUCCAAGAAAGACUCGAUAAACAGUGGCAAUUGCUGACGGAAAUACGAAACUUAGUGAUGCUUUCCAACCGAGAAGGGAAGAGAAAAGAACUUGAUGAGAACUGA